CUCCUCUCACUCAGACUCCUCCUCCUCUCUGUCUCCUUCUUAUUGCUCUCGCCAUGUCGAGCAGCAGUGGCAUCUCCACUAAGCUCACGCUGCCUCGGCAUGCCGAGCUCACCUCGUGGCGCGCCAGCGUCGUGGCGCAGGCGUUCGAGGCCAUGCAGCAGCGUGUGCCCGACAAGAUCCUGGCGCUCAAUGCACGCCUCGCUCGCAUCACCGCCAGCACGAGCAGCAGCGCAGCGGCCGCAGAGGAGGAGCGCUUUGGCGAUGCGCAGCUCAAGUGUAUGGCCAGCGCCAUCGACUCGAAGGUCUAUCCGCCGGCGGCUGCGCGUGACGCAGAGCAGGGAGGACAGGCGAAGAAGAAGCGCAAAGUGGGCGCGGCCGAUGGCGCAGCUGCAGAGGAGGACGGUGCAGAGCAUGAGGAGGGCGUGCUGGAGGGACGCGUAGUGCCAAAUGCUUGGUUUACAGAGGCGCUCGAGGAGCUGCGGUCGGAGUGGACCGACCUGAUUGAGAUCAUGGAUCACAUCAAGCUCUUCAUCUCCCUGAACAUUCCCAUGACCGAGGAGGGCGACAAUGGCGGCGUCGCGACGCAAGAAGAAGCUUUGACGGAAGUAGCGCGCUCUCAGGAGACGGGCUACAACUGGCUCAGCACGCCGUGCUCCUAUCACUCGGGCCGAGGAGAGUGCAUCGCCAAGAUGCUCAGGUAUCCCGGCGUCGAAGACUUCCGCCUGGCGCUGCACGAGUACGACCGACGAGGGGCGCUCCGGCUGCGAGCACAGUACACGGAUCUGCGCAACACGUACGCAGUGGUGCUGGACAUUCUCGAGAAGAACAUGAAGCGCAUUGCGCAGCCCAAGUCUGGCAACGGCAUGAACAACUACGGAUAGAGCGCUGCAGAGCAAGAGCAAAUGCAUCAUAUUACUGUG